ACCGUCCGGUCCGCCGCCAGCUCGCACCCAGCGCCGCCGCUGAGCUCUCCGUGCGCAGCGCUCCACGGACCGCCGGCCCGAUGGGGCUUCGGGCGCCGGGCGCGCUCCGAACCCGGCGCCCGUGAGAGCCGAGGAGCGCCAGGAGGCGCCCGGCUGCCCGGAGCCCCCGCGCCCACGACACGGAGAUGUUGGGAACCUCGCUGUGUGUUCGGCGAGGAGCCGCUGCCCCCGGGAUCCCCCGGCACGGUGCGCGCCCCAGCCACCCUCGCCUGGAGAAGCUGGUGCCCCCUGCGCCCAGCCCGCGUGUCUCCGGCCGCGCUGCCUGAGCUGCUCGGCGGCCACCGGGCCAAAGCUGCUCCGCCGCCAGUGCCCUCUCGGAAACCAUGACCCCCGGUGCGCGCCCAUGGAGCCAUGGCCUAUAGGGUCCUGGGGCGCGCGGGGCCACCUCAGCCGCGGAGGGCACGCAGGCUGCUCUUCGCCUUCACGCUCUCGCUCUCCUGUACUUACUUGUGUUACAGCUUCCUGUGUUGCUGUGACGACCUCGGCCGGAGCCGCCUGCUCCGAGCGCCCCGCUGCCUGGGCAGCCCCAGCGCGGGGGGCCGGCAACUUCUCCCCAAGUCCCGCCCCUGCGAUCCUCCAGGGCCGACGCCCAGCGAGCCUGGCGCACCCAGCGCACCUGCAGCUGCCGCGCCCGCCGCUCGGCUCUCGGCUUCCAACCACUCUGGCUCCCCGAAGCUGGGCACCAAGAGGCUGCCCCAGGCGCUCAUCGUGGGCGUGAAGAAGGGGGGCACCCGGGCCGUGCUGGAAUUUAUUCGGGUGCACCCUGACGUGCGGGCCUUGGGCACCGAGCCCCACUUCUUCGACAGGAACUACGGCCGCGGGCUAGACUGGUACAGGAGUCUCAUGCCCAGGACCCUCGAGAGCCAGAUCACGCUGGAGAAGACACCCAGCUACUUCGUGACCCAAGAGGCGCCCCGGCGGAUCUUCAACAUGUCUCGGGACACCAAGCUGAUCGUGGUGGUGCGGAAUCCCGUGACCCGGGCCAUCUCCGACUACACCCAGACACUCUCCAAAAAGCCGGACAUCCCGACCUUUGAGGGCCUGUCCUUCCGCAACCGCACGCUGGGCCUGGUGGACGCGUCCUGGAACGCCAUCCGCAUCGGCAUGUACGCGCUGCACCUGGAGAGCUGGCUGCGGUACUUCCCGCUGGCCCAGAUCCACUUCGUCAGCGGCGAGCGGCUCAUCACCGACCCGGCCGGCGAGAUGGGGCGCGUGCAGGACUUCCUGGGCAUCAGGAGGUUCAUCACGGACAAGCACUUCUACUUCAACAAGACCAAAGGCUUCCCUUGCUUGAAAAAACCCGAGUCGAGCCUCCUGCCUCCUCGGUGCCUGGGCAAAUCCAAAGGGAGAACUCACGUGCAGAUAGACCCUGAGGUCAUAGACCAGCUCCGGGAGUUUUAUAGGCCUUAUAAUAUUAAAUUUUAUGAGACUGUUGGGCAGGACUUCCGGUGGGAAUAAGCCAAGGA